AUGCCGCGAGCAUUCUUGAUCAAAGCCAAGAAGGACAAGAAGAAAGAAGAGGAACUGGGAACUCAAUUCCCACAAGACAGCGCUCAAUUUUCCAACGGAGUUUCAGGUAACUUAAUUCAAGCGCAUUUGAUGUUACGCAAAUUUACCGGAUUUUACCGAUUUCAUGGAUUCUCCUCUGUUCGAUGUCAGGCACGUUUUUUUUCGGGACUUUCGAACUGUCACGGGGUUCGAACUAUGUUUCCAUGACUUGACUUGUAGCGGUUUUCAAAAGUUUUGCAAACUCCGCGAAAUUUUUGUUUCGUUUAGGGACCGCGUUUAUGAAUCGAGUUUCGAGUGAGGGCACGCACCACUAUUCCUCGUUUCAGUUUAUUAGGGGUUUAAUUCAGUUUUUGUGAUACUAUGUUCGAAUUUUCCGCUGCUUUGCCGGGUUUCAUGUGUUGCAGUUUCACUUUCUGAAUUUUAUCUCGCAAAAUAAAUUAGCGCGCUUUCCGUCCAUUGCUCAGAUGUUGAAUAGUUAAUAAGGCCGCUUAAGCAGUGAUAUAUUCACCAUUGUGUAAACUAGAUAAACAGCUUCAAAAUUGCUCGGAUGUGCAAGUAAUCUGUGUUACAAAUAUAAAAGUUGUAAACCUUGCACGCAAAUGAUGGGUGAAUUGAAGUCAUCUCUCGCUGGCUAUUUAAGCAAACCGCAUCACCGUCUCAUAUUACAAUUUUAUUUUUGCUCUCACAGAUCUCCACUUCCACGGCAACGAAAGUGUUCCCUUAACAGAGUCCGUGGAUCAAAUUUCAACCCCUGUGGAAACUCAAACGUCGCCCGUCAGUCUUCCUGCUAAGCGAAAACACUCGCAAAGCGCAGCAGACGAGAAACGGGAAAUAUCUUCCGCCCGAACAGAAUCUCCAAACGAAGCCAGUGGACUCGAUAAAGAAAAUUCGACCCUGGAAAUUUCGCACACCUCUGCCAAGCUACAAAGGAAGACACGCAAGCGAAGCCCAAAGAAAACGGCUGUUUAUUACUACAACGCUCAGGAAGGCAAAGAACCACACAGAGAAGUCAAUAAAGAAAAAACUUCUUUCAAAGACGUUCCGCUUGAAAGACAAGUGCCACCUAACAAGGCAAUUUCAACGCUUCAACAAAACAGUCAUAAUUAUGCAGCGGCAGAUUCUAAGCGGGUCAAAUCUCAGGGGAACCCCAAUGGCGGCUAUUAUUAUGAUCAAACCGCACACUCCAUGAACUGUCAAGAAAAGACCACACGAUUUGAAUAUGAAAAGGGCAUUAGACAAGAACACUCCACGCAAUAUAAUUAUGCAAAGAGUCAUCCAACUUUUCCACGCGAGGAACGCGAUGUCGCGCAAAAUACGAGUAACGUUGGUCUCGACAACGUUAAGAUCGUGGAGGUGCACUCGAUCGGCCAAACAAUGGAAGCUGCUUAUCCUGAUAAAAACAGAAAUGGCCCAGCGCCUGCACGCCAUCCAAGCGAAGAUUUUAACCGUCAUACUACGGCUAAUCAUGUGCCAACUUCAACUCCAGCUUCUCAAUAUGAACCAAGGCCCCAAGAGAAGUCUUCAGUUCCCACUCCUGUUCCAGCCUCUGCAGCGCCAGUUGUUCAUUAUCUCCCUGUGUAUGCAAUUCCAAGCUCCAAUGGUGUUCAGUAUCAGGCCGUCCCUGGAGCUGCUAUUCUUGAAAAAGUACCUGGCUCAUCAAAUCUGUACUCACCAGUGGGAAGAAAUGGUGAACCCAAAGCCAAGCCUGAAUACCAGCAACAACCUCCUACAGCACCUCAGCAACCACCCCCACAGCCACAGGUUCCUCCAGCCAUGCCCCCACAGCCUCAAGUACAGGUGCCACCACAUAGUCAUGCCCCUGUGUCCCAGCAUCAGGCUCCCGUAGCAUAUCAGCCAAGAAUGAUUUCCAAUCCAAGCACUCACCCUCAGCCACACCCAGCAGCACAGCCAUCUUACCCACCACAGCCAAGUAAUCCUCCACACGCUGCCCUACCUUACCCUCCACCUGAUCCAAGGAUUAUGCCUUCACAGGCCUACCCACCACAAACAACGGUACAACCAGUAUCAGCCCCACCCUAUGUUGUCACAAAGUCAGAGCCAGUACCUCAGCAACAGCACUCUCCUGCCGGUCACCCAGUAGUCACUUCUCAGCCGUAUCCUGUGCCCGUUCAAGCAGCAGCACCUCCUCCUCCUCCUCCUCCUCAGCAGUAUCCGCCCCCAAAUCAAGUGGUUGCAGGACAGCCUCCUUAUCCAGCUCAGGAUCAGAAAAUGUCAAGGCCACCCAUGUACCCCCCGCAUUACCAACCAAUACCAAAUCAGCACCCCUAUCAAAUUCAUGUUGUGCCUGUAGCAAUGCCUUACCCUCCACCUGGCCAACAGGUCUCUGCCAGUCAGCCUGCUCAACCAGUACAAACAGUUCCAGUGCCGUCAGCUCCACAUCAGUAUUCAAAUGAAAGACCACCACCAGUGCCACCCCAGCAUUACUAUCCACCCCACAGUGGGGGUACAGUCCACUACCAACAGCCUGAGAACAGCCCUCAAGUACCGGUUCAUUACUAUCCAGCCAGUCAACCUGCAGGAGAAGUGGUACAGCAGCAGUAUCCAGAACGCAAGCCUGCUAUGUUGCCAGCAUUACCUUACCCUGCUGAAAAUACCAGCCAGCCACCAACUCCUCAAUACAGCCCUGAUGGUAAAGACCAACAAAAGUUUGUAUAUGCAACACCGCCGCCAGAUUUCCUGCGUAGCCCUGUGUAUAGAGUUCCAGUGACAGAGGCUCCUCCAAUGGUCCAAACAAGCCAGCCUCCAGUCCAACAGCCAAUUCAGCCUGCAGUGCAACCUAUGGCCCAGCCUCUGACCCACCACUCAACCCAGCCACCAAAAGGUGCGAAGAGAAGAAAAACUGCAAUGCCACACCGUGAAAUUACAGAAGUGGUUCCCUCACCAGAAAGCAGCUAUCCACGACACAGCAACAGCGCAGGAGCACAUGUGCAGUACACUGAGCAGAUUUCCAAGUCUCCUAAUCAAAACCCAGCUCUAAACAAAUCUAGCUGUGUCAUUACUCCCCCUGGUUCACCACAAGAUGAUGCUAAUGGUUCCUACACAGUUGUUAUGAGAGAUUAUGGCGUUCAGGCUGGACCUCCACCAGAACAGGGUACCUGGACUGUCAAAGUUGAAUCUGCGGCCCCUCGUGUAUACAUUUCAGAGGAAGAGGCUCUGGCACAUGGUUACAAAAAGAACUUGUCUGAUGAAGAGGAGGAGGAGGAGGAUGACGAGGAAGAUGAAGAGUACUGUGAAGCAGAUGGUGAACAUCCUUACAGCCCAACUCAGAAAGAAAACCUUUCACCAGGAAAUUUUGUUGCGGUUGAUGAAAAUGGGAACCCCAUUCCCAGCAAAGGCAAGAAAAGAAAUGCAAAGUAUACUUGCAAGUUUUGUGGCAAAGCAUUUCAGUGGCAUUCCCAUCUGAGUUCUCAUGAGCGCACCCACACUGGUGAGAAACCAUUCAAGUGCCCAGAAUGUGCACGUGCAUUCACACGUGCUGAUGGACUGCAGUGUCAUAUGCUUGUACACAACAAAAAGAAACCAUUCAAGUGUCACUAUUGUAACAAAGGAUUUAAUGACAAUACAAGCCUGGAGAAACAUACUUACAGUCAUACUGGAGUGAAGCCUUUCAAAUGCGAAUAUUGCGGACGUGCAUUUAGUGACUCACAGUCUAUUGAAAAACAUUUGUUAGUUCACACAGGGACAAAACCUUACAAGUGCCAGUUUUGUGUUCGAUCAUUUAACGACUCUCAAAUGUUAGUCAGGCACAUUCGUAGCCACACUGGUGAGAAACCAUUUAAGUGUCAGCAUUGCCAAAUGGCGUUCAGUAAGCAAAGCGCGCUUGUUAUCCACACUAGGGUUCACACAGGAGAAAAGCCAUACCAGUGUUCUCACUGUUCAAAGUGCUUUUCAAUUUCUGGUAAUUUGCAGCGGCACAUUCUUAUUCACACCGGGGAGCGCCCAUAUAAGUGUUCAAAGUGUCCAAAAGCUUUUAACAACCCCAGUCAUUUGUCACGCCACAUAAGUAAACUCCAUGCUCCGCAAGUCAAAUCAGAUGGGUCUGCUGAGGCUCAACCCAAUUUUGCAAUACAGGAAAGUAAUGCGAGUGACCCUAUGCAAGCAUAA